AUGGGAAGCGUUGACAACAGUUCAACUAAUGCUCCACUGAAUCCCGUUGCUGGCACUUCAGAAAUGGUGGACGAUGGCGAAACUACUGACAUAUGCCGAGUUUGCAGAAGUGCCGGCGACAGUGCGUUAUAUUAUCCGUGUCUAUGCACGGGAAGCAUUAAAUAUGUUCAUCAGGAUUGUCUUCUAGAAUGGCUGAAAUACAGCAAGAAGGAAGUUUGUGAAUUAUGUAGCCACAAAUAUUCUUUUCAACCCAUUUAUCGAUCAGAUAUGCCUCAAACAUUGCCACUUUCUGAAAUAAUACGAGGCAUUUUGCUUAAUAUGGGUCGUAUAUUACGCUCCUGGGCUAUUUACACACUUGUGUUGGUUGCUUGGUUAGGUAUUGUACCAAUAACAGCCUGUCGCAUUUACAGAAUAGUUUUUUCCGCUUCUUUAUCCAGUAUGUUAUCAUUGCCUUUUCAACUGUUUUCACCAGACAAUUUGCUGGUCGAUUGUCUUAAAGGUUGCUUUAUUGUUUCGAUUUUUCUAUGCGCUUUUAUAUCCCUUGUUUGGUUACGCGAACAAAUUAUUCAUGGUGGUCCACAGGAAUGGCUUAAUUUAGAAGAUGUUGCUAGAGGUGCGAAUGCAGAAAAUGCAUUGGAUGAUAAUGUUGAUGCCGUGGUUGCUGAAGCAAGGGUUGAAAUUGCUGGUAACGAUAUGGAAGGAGGAGAAGUAGAAGAGCGAGGAGAUGAUGCGGAACAAGGCCAAGAAGAUGUUGCAAUGGAUCACUUUUGUUUCUUGAACAUGUUUUUGGGUUAUUUCACUGAAUACCUUAUUUACCGUACUAUUCGCAUUCUUGCCUUAUCAGCUUGUUUAAUUGUUCGCUGUCUUCAUGUUACAGCGAAAAUCUCCAGAUUAGCUCCAAUGUAUCGAAUAUUGGGAAUGUGUUACCUUGUCCUCAAAGUUUUUCUCCUCGUACUGACCGAAAUUGGUUUCUUUCCAAUAAUAUGUGGUUGGUGGUUAGACAUCUGUUCUCUGCCUUUAUUUGCUUCAAGUCUGUCGCGUCGGAUUGCUUCUUUUAUGGUCUCUCCAACAUCAUCCCUUUUUAUGCAUUGGCUUAUUGGUAUGGUUUAUGUCUUCUACUCGGCUUCAUUUGUGCUGGUUUUGCGUGAAGUGCUUCGUCCAGGUGUUCUCUGGUUCUUGAGAAAUUUAAAUGACCCAGAAUUCAAUCCGAUACAAGAGAUGAUUGAACUUCCGGUUAUACGACACUUAAGGCGACUUAUUGCAUCAACAUCAAUCUUCUUUACAACAAUUCUUCUGCUGGUUUAUGUUCCACUUUGUUUCAUAACGCGCUAUAUACCAUCUGUACUACCAUUCAAUUUGAGUUUGGCUGCCGAAACUCCUGUCAGCGAGCUGUCACUGGAGCUACUUGUUUUACAGGUAGUACUUCCAGCCCUACUUGAACAGACUCAUGCCCGUACGAUUUUGAAGACAGUUGUACGCACUUGGUGUUGUAUUUUUGGACGACUACUACAGCUGGAACAUUAUUUGUUACCGAUGGAGGAAAAUGAAAACGGACGCCAGCAACGCGAAGCACCACCAGUCCAGCCAGUUGCUGGAUUAGGCUUAGCUGCUCAACACCAAGCCUUGCUCCUUGUUCGAGAACCGCAGGGAUUCCAGGCUUAUAAUAAACCGUCGCACUUUUCGCUUCGAGUUGUUGCUUUGCUCAUAGCUCUCUCACUUACGUCGAUGUUUACCAGCAUUAUAUUUUGUGUGAUACCUGUGACAUUUGGUCGUUUCAUAGUGCACAGAAUAUCAGGUCAUACGAAUAUCCAUGAUUUAUAUACGGUAGCAGCUGGGUUGUACGGUUGCUGGAUUCUGCUGAAAUUAUUUUUCUUAGUUCUCGAAUAUGCUCCUCAAGGGACAUUCUUCUUGUUCUCAGCUUUUCGUAAUAUGGCACUUACAGCAGUUAAACUCUGUGCUGUAUCUGUUCCGAUUUUAAUAGUAAUUCCACUUCUCGCUGGAAUAUCUUUUCAUCUGGCUGUAAUCAGUCCAAUACGCAUUGCAUUACAUCAAACAUCACUUCUUUUCCCAUGGCAGCACUGGGCAAUGGGUAUUCUGCAUUGUAAAAUAUUUUGCGCAGCUGUCAUGAUGGGACCUAAUUGGUGGAUGAAGCAUGUUUUUGAGCAGUUAUAUGCCGAUGGCAUUCGUGGCUUGAGGGUUCAUUAUUUAUAUAAGCAGUUGGUUGCACCAGUUCUCGCUUGUUUGGCAAUUCAUCUUUCCGCACCACGUGUCAUCUGUUCAUUAAUUUCUAUGAUCGUAGACGUUUCAAAUGAAGAACAAAUUAUAUUUUUGCGUUAUUCAUAUCCAGCUAUGCUGCUUUGUGUAUUUUGCGUUUAUUUCGUUUACUGGCAAUGCACCAAAUUUAAGGCUUUGGCGGAGAAAAUCCGAAAUGACAAGUAUUUGGUAGGAACUCAGUUAGUCAACUAUGAAAGAAAUCAGGCUGAAGUCAGGCACUAA